AAUAUUGAAACAACUAGAACUACCCUUCUACAAUGUCUUUGGAGUCUGAUGCACGAGCAGAAUCAUGUAGAAAGGCCUUAAAGGUGGCAGUCAGUGCCUUAGCAUCUGAGGUGGGUUUCGAGAGAGCUGAAGAAGCUGCCGUUGAGACGCUGACAGAAAUGCUGCAAAGUUUUAUAACUGAACUUGGGCGGAGUUCACAGGCCUAUGCAGAGUUGGCAGGCAGAACAGAAGGAAUGAUGACGGAUGUGGUUAUGGCUCUGAUGGAAAUGGGUCAAAAUCUCAGUAGCUUACCAGCACAUGCUAAAAGAGCCAAUAAAUCCGUUUUCCUACCUCCUGCCCACAGCACUCCUACCCCCAACCCUAGAACUCUUCAGGCUGGGGACAAGAUGCCACAUCCCUCCCACAUCCCAGAGCACAUGCCUGCCUUUCCUGACCCUCAUACCUACAUCAGAACUCUGACACAAAAGCCCCCAGUGAAUGAAUAUCAGAUAAUUAGAGAGAAAGCAGCUUCACAGAAACGGGACGUAGAACGAGCAUUGACACGCUUCAUCGCCAAAACCGGGGAGACGCAGUCACUCAUUAGGGAUGAUGCCAAUCUAUUCCCAUUAAUAGCCAUCAAACCUCACCCUUUACCCUAUCUCAAUGCUCUCCUCCCCAAAGACCAAGACCUUCUGGCUCAGGAAGAGGACACUCCAGCCACCAAAGAGAAUUCCUCAUCAAAAUCCUCACAGGGAGGGACCAAAGAGGGGGAAACAACUGAGCAGGAGGGGGAUACCCCUGACCCAGAGGCUAUAGACAAUCCGUACCUUCGUCCUGUCAAAAUGGCAAAGUACCGAAAAAAGACAGGUGUAGGAAUGGGAUGAUGUGUGAAAUCAAGAGACGUGUGUCAAAGGUGUAGAGUGAGAGGAGGCAGUGCAUGUGCACUCUGGACCAUUAAACACUGAAGAGUAAACUAAAAGAACUGAAAAUCAAGAGAAAGGAGUUUAAUGUAUCAGUUUGUUGUUGACAUGACCUCCUUUUCAGUGGCUUAAGACAUCAUCUAUCAGUUACUGAUUUUUUAGCUACUGUUUCUGAACAAUAACAAACUGAAAUUGUGCUGUAUUGUUUUAGUCAGUGGAGCAGUUUUUGGAAUGAUUUACAACUUUCAGUACACAAAUAAAUAAUUUAUGAAUCUUCAUUUAAAAAAAAAUAUCAUUUCUCUGAAAGGAAGCUCUAUAUAUAUACUAAUGAAAAUUGUGUUUUGGACUUGAGAAAAUUAUAUCAUAAAAAGGUGUACACAUUUAAACAAUAAAAUGCUUUCUUUGGUUGUUAGUACAGGAAUUAAUGUUGCAGCUGUUACAGAAAAAAUACAUAACCUGCGUAAGGUUAUGUAAUUUUUUUCUGCAAUAGCUGCGACGUUAAUUCCCAUACUAAAAAAGAAAGACAUUUUAUUGUUUAUAUUUAUAUCUGUUUCAAAGAACAUUCAAAGUAAAAUUAAAUAUGGUAAAUAUUG